AUGCCCGCCGGAGUCUCGUGGGGUCAGUACAUGAAGUUCCUGGGCAGUGCCAUGCUGGCCAUGAUGGCCGGCUCCCAGGCUGUGCAUCUAUACUACCGCCCGCUUGAGGAUCUGCCCGUUUAUAUAGAGCGGGAGCGGCAGAGCCACGACACACAUCCCGAUUCCAAGCCACCGGAAACCACAUAAAACUCUGUAAUUCAUUUGACUAAAGUUAGUUAAGUUAA